UCUGCCUGCUGACUCCGGGCGCACUGAAGACGCCCUUAGCAACAACACACAGCUGCGUCGAAUAAGAUACUCCUACCGCGGAGAAGAAGGAUUAAACAUCGCCGCUUUAUUGCACUGAGUACAGGUGAUUCUGCGAAGGCGAUGCUCCGGGUGUGUUUGCGGUUAACAUGGGGCUUAGAGUACAGCUAGCCUACUCUGGCUAGCCAUCCCUAGAAGACGAGCGGCCCCAAGCUGUCCCGAAGGAGGACAAAAUCGUGGGGGUUCACCGAGUGGUAGCUCCGCAGCUAGCUCACUACAAAGUCAGCUAACUGGGAAUAAGCACGGGAAUGGUGCUCUGUAUUGACUCCUUGUACCGACAGAGAAAGGCGAGGGGCACACGGGUCAGACCACCGAGCUGCAAUAUUUGGACUCAAACUAUUUUUUACCAGAGGGAGCGGCUCUCCGGCGGACGAGUGUUUUUGUAGCAGUGCGAGCUAGCGGGCUAGCUAGCUGAAGGAAAACGACCCCCACCGCCUGCUUAGGUUUUCCAACUGUAGCUAAUGUUAGCCAGCACGCUGAAGACAAAACUCUGUGGUUUAAUCAAACCAUGAUAAAUUACAGUUAGAGCCAAGGAAACAGCUAGCUAAUCCCAAAGGAAAGAAUAACUUGAGUUGGUUCUGAUAAAGUGCUUGCAAACACUACAGUUAAGCAGAGUAACACUCGCUGUUAGAAAAGUUGCUUCGUGAAUCUUUUUUUAUUCGGAAUUUUUUCUUCGCUUCGGAUGCUGGCAUCACAUUUUAAUUGCAAUCAUGAUGAUAAUAAGCAGGAAACCAGAGGGCCCAAUAGCAACAGCACGCCAUGGGGAUGGUCUCUAUGACUCGUACAUGAGGACAGACCACAUCCUUAAAGACGACGCAGAUACAAACAGUCCGUCUGGGCUGCCCCCCAUGCCCAAACACACAGUUGUCAGUAACAAGACUGUAAUGAGGGAACCGGUAAGUGUGCGAGGUGGCCAGCUGAAGGUCAAGUACCUGUAUGAAGACACCACCAACAAUCGAAAGGUCAACGCCAUAACAACGGCCGCCCCUCUGAACAGUGGGACCACAGGACAGACGCCCAGUAAACCCGCCGCGGUCUCCAGCCUGUCGAAGGAGCACAGUGUAGACAGCAGGAGGAACCCCCCUUCACAGCAUGUUUCUGUCAUGCUUGCUUGCCGCAGCACUGAAUCCAGUAAGGGCUCCAGUGAAUCCUCCGGCACGCUGGGCGUUGGAAGUGGGGGGAACAUCGGGAAGCUGUGCGGCCCCCUCACCCCCGACCAGGCUCUGAGGCUGUACCGAUCUCAGCUGACCACCCUGGAGCAGACGGAGAUCCACUCCUACCCAGACAUCUACUUCGUGGGACCCAAUGCCAAGAAGAGGCCUGCCGUCGCCGGUGGCAACAACAACUGUGGCUACGACGAUGAGCAGGGCGGAUACAUUAAUGUCGCCCAUGACCACCUGGCUUACCGCUACGAGUUCCUCAAGAUCAUUGGUAAGGGCAGCUUUGGCCAGGUGGCGAAGGUGUACGACCACAAGCUGCAGCAGCACCUGGCUCUGAAGAUGGUGCGCAACGAGAAGCGUUUCCACCGGCAGGCGCAGGAGGAGAUCCGCAUCCUAGAGCACCUGCGCAAGCAGGAUCGCAACGGCACCAUGAACGUGGUGCACAUGCUCGAAAACUUCACCUUCCGCAACCACAUCUGCAUGACCUUCGAGCUUCUGAGCAUGAACCUGUAUGAGCUCAUCAAGCGCAACAAAUUCCAGGGCUUCAGUCUGCCUCUGGUCAGGAAGUUUGCACACUCCAUUCUGCAGUGCCUGGAGGCCCUGAGCCGGCACAGAAUCAUUCACUGUGACCUCAAGCCGGAGAACAUCCUGCUGAAGCAGCAGGGCCGCAGCGGCAUCAAGGUUAUUGACUUUGGUUCCAGCUGUUUUGAACACCAGCGGGUGUACACCUACAUCCAGUCUCGUUUCUACCGAGCUCCAGAGGUGAUCCUGGGUUCCCGCUACGGCCUUCCUAUCGACAUGUGGAGCUUCGGCUGCAUCCUGGCCGAGCUGCUGACCGGCUACCCGCUGUUCCCCGGCGAGGACGAGGGCGACCAGCUGGCCUGUGUCAUGGAGCUGCUGGGCAUGCCCCCCCAGAAGGUGGUGGAGCAGGCCAAACGCGCAAAGAACUUUAUCAACUCCAAGGGCCACCCUCGAUACUGCGGGGCCAACACCCUGCCCACAGGGGCCACCGUGCUGACAGGGUCUCGCUCUCGUCGCGGCAAGAUGAGAGGCCCCCCAGGUAGCAAGGAGUGGAGUGCCGCGCUCAAGGGCUGCGAGGACCCCACCUUUACUGACUUCAUAAAGAAGUGUUUGGACUGGGACCCCUCGUCACGUCUCACCCCUAGCCAGGCCCUCAGACACCCUUGGCUGUAUCGCCGCCUACCCAAGCCCUUACCAGGGACCGAGAAGAGCCAAGGGGCCACAAUGAAACGGCUCCCCGAGCACCACAGCACCUCUUUCCCUUCCAUCCUGGCCAAAGGGGGGCCUGGCUUAGGCACCACAGCUGCCAACAACAAACUGCGGGGCCACAUGAUGGGAGACUCAGGAGAGACCUUACCUCUUCGCACGGUCCUACCCAAACUUGUCUCUUAGAGAGAGAGAGAGAGAGUGCUGUCAUCUCCUCUCCACCUCUGCACUCCUCAGGAGGAGUCGGAGCACAGGAGAACAUGGAGACUAGGUUUUGAAACUCGUUUGGUUGUUCUUUUAUUUGUUUCUACUGAGAGGUGUCGACACCCCCAGUUCCCGGUUUUUAAUAUUAGCUGAGCAGAGCAAGAGACAAUAAAUGAAACACUCAAAAAAGAUGUUUUUAUACAGAGGAUUUUCUUGAGCGGCUGUGGAAUUUCUCUAUACAGCCACUGAUGAGGUUUGAUUUUUAGAUAAUGCUUUUUAAAAACGUCCUCGUAUGAGUGGACGGCUUCGUAAAGGAGCAAAUGUUUUUAACCUGCGUGUGUUCUCACGUCAUGGUGUGUUUUUAGUAAAAACACACUCAAGCACACCUGCACUGUCACUUGCCUCACUUCACACUCUUUCUUAACUCGCAGAGCACGCCAUCCCUUUCCUGGGAGAGUGUUCAUAUGAGUGAAACUUGAAAAGGGCUACAGAGAUUACUCUUAUCACACUAGAGUUAUUAGCAAGCAAAGAUUUGUCUGAUCCAACGUGCGCUAAUGUUCGAGCCCCUGUACACAAAUGUCCCCUUGAAUACACAAUAAAUGCCUUUACACAGGUAAAGAGGGACUGGCAUUAUAUGGUGAAGAAUGAGGUAUACAUUUUUUAGCAAUAAGUCUUCACUUCUUUGUCUGUUCUAAUUGUGCUCUUUUUCUACUUUUCCCGGUCCCUGGUGCUUGCAUUUCAGCUCAAAAUGUGACGUUGGUAUGUGUGCUUUGUGUGUGUGUGCUUUAGCCCUGUGGUGCUACUGUGGGAGUUGUCGAGAGGCUGUCGGACAACCUAUUUACAGCCCUCCGCCUCCCAACUCCCCCAUUUUAGUGUAAAGAGUGGGGGUGUUGGGAGGACAGUAGCUCCACUCAAACUGUCACAAAGGUGUCACCAUCACACUUCACAAACUGAGCCUGCCAUGUGAGGCUGGCUCCCAUAAACCAGUAUAUAUAUAUAUAUAUAUAUAUAUAUAUAUAUAUAUAUAUAUAUAUAUACACACACACACACUGGUGUAAGUGCACUGAGGUGCAAGUCACGGCACACAUACACCUGCGGGGUGGAAAGUUGGCUGUGGAAAGUUAAAAGUUGUUUGAAUGUCACAAGCCCCUGCCCCCUUAUUGGCUGCUGGGAUCAUUGGCAGCGGUGCACUAAUCCUAAUGGAACAAUAGGUGCGUUCAAUUGUAGGAAAAAAGGAAGACGGUAUGUAAAACAAUGAGCCACAUUUUUUUAAAUUUCAGGAUGAGGUGUAGAUGAAGAAAGAAGUGUUUCUCAGGGAGACAUACUUGAUACAUCCCUUAAUCUUAUAUUAACUGUGUUCCACUUACAGUCCUCUGUCCCGACUGUUGAUGAACAUGCAUGUAGUUUUGUCCGCAGAGAGCGAGAGAAUGCGUACAUGAGUGUCUGCAAAGGGGGUCUGCAUGCUCCACAAUCUGACCUAGAUACUCUCCUCCCCCCACCGACUCUUUCUCUCCCACUCUUGUCUCAUGUAGGGCAGGGAACCUCUUAAACUCACACAGACAGUGAACCAUGGUGCUCUCCAAAACACACACUCGUCAGGUGCAGGUUGUAUGGACCACACCGCUCAGAGUCCCUUCUCUUGUCCCUCGUUCCCUCAGUGAAUCUGUCAGGGAUUUCUACUCUGUCUCAGUUUUUUUCUUUUUCUAUAGAAGUGAAUUCUAUUUGCUAUUCAGUCCAGAAUAUCACAGGAUUUAAAAUGCAGGAAAAGAGGAAAGUAUACUGUCAUGUUGUAACUAGUGGUGUGCGUUAGUAGGAGGGUGUUUGGUGUUCCAGCAUGAAAUCACAAACUGUUAUCAGAAUGAGUGACUAUGAGAAGAGAAACUGUACAGUAACCAAAUGAAGUUGUGAUAGUUUCUUUUUCUAAAGAAAAUAAAAAAUGAUUAUUAACUGAAA